AAUGACGCAGGUUGAGAAACGCACAGACUCCAUGUUGAUCUUUGUUUUGUAAGAUGUGCAAACUUUUGUGCUGGUGGAGGUUUUUGUUUUUUUUUGCGUCCUCAGCACUUUCUGCAGAGGACCAGCGGCUGACCGCGGCCGGGCCGACAGGAGGCGCAGUCGGACGGGACACAUCCGUCCCCUGCACUUUCAGCCUGGGUCUCGUUGACGAACUGUGUCGGUGUGAAGAGUAAAUGAGGUCAAAGGUUUCAAGAGACUCAAUCCACUGACAGAGGGAAACUUUCUUUUGACCACCACCACCACCAUCAUCAUCAUCAUCAUCAUCUUCUUCUUCUUCUUCUUCUUCUUCAUCAACAGCUACAGUGAAUUGGAGUGGGGUGACAUCAGCUCCCCUCUUUUCUCUCUAGAUCACUGCUGCCUCCUGGAACACACCACUAAUGUCAGCACAGAUUAUGGAGACAAAGAGCGUGCCCAAUGGAGAGGGGCCUGUGUAUGGAGACAAAGAGGACAGCCUCAGUCCUGAAGAUCUGUCUGAGUUGCUGGCAGCGGGGACCAAAGAAGUCCAUGAGAAGGCUGAGAACACCCAGUUUGUGAAGGAUUUCCUCAGGGGACGCAUCCGCAAAGAGCUCUUCAAGCUUGGAGCCGUGGCUCUUUACUACACUUACAAGGCCAUGGAGGAGGAGAUUGAAAGGAACAAGGACCACCCCCACUUUGCCCCUCUUUAUUUUCCUACAGAGCUGCAUCGCCAUGAAGCUCUGGCCCGUGACCUUGAGUAUUUUUAUGGUCCAGAAUGGCAGAGCCAGGUCCGCUGCUCUCAGGCCACCCAGCACUAUGUGGACCGUAUCCACCAAGUGGGACAAGAAGACCCAGUGCUGCUGGUGGCCCACGCCUACACCCGUUACAUGGGGGAUCUGUCUGGGGGCCAAGUGUUGAAGAAAGUCGCGCAGAGGGCCUUAAAGCUUCCUCCCACAGGAGAGGGCCUGGAGUUCUAUCAGUUUGAUGCCAUCCAUAGUGCCAAAGCUUUCAAGCAGCUCUACCGCAGCCGGAUGAAUGAGCUGGAACUAGACAAGGAAACAAAGAAGAGGCUCGUGGGUGAGGCUGUGAAAGCCUUCCACUUCAACAUGGAGGUGUUCGAGGAGUUGGAAGAGAUUGGGAAAACCAUCCAGGAGGAUGUUUUAGAUGCUGGCAUGCCCGUCCACGGAGCAAUGGGUGGUGACAUCAGCAAAUGUCCCUACUAUGCUGCCAAAAUGACGGCGUCGAGCGGAACGGCAUAUGCUUGUCAACUCGCCAUGGCCGUACUCCGACACCCAACAGGACAGGUUCUGUUUGCGACUUGGUUUGCUGCUCUGGCUGGAUUGGCUGCAUGGUAUCUGAUGUGAUCCUGCCUCCAGCCUGUCAUUUUGCUGCUGUGAGGGGGAGAGAGAGGGAGGAGAAACAUCGAGGGAAGGCGAAUAAGGAGAUUGAGACCAUUUCAUAGUUUCAUACAAAUGUUCUUUAGGGGUCCAAGUUAAUUUAAUAUUGCACAUUGCUAAAGAUGUAAGCUGACAGGAAAUAUACUUGGAUCUUUGGAGGAUUUAUCGGACUAUUAGCACAUCAACUCCAUCCAUCUUUCAAGCUAUGCCUUGUUUGUGUUGUUUCUCCACCUCCUUUGGACUAUCCCUCCAUUUAUUGUCCCUUCAGCUUGUCUGGUCAUACCUCAAAACCUUGAGUAGCUGUUUGUUAGCUGAAUAGCUGCACGAUAUAUUUCCAAUAUAUCGUGCAGCCCAACUGAAUAGUUUUUGAUGCAACCCAUUUAUAAACUGCCCCUGACUAUACAGCUGACAAUUAUGCAUUAAUUUUCAAAAAUGUAAAAUGGUGAAAAAAUGUUAGAACAUACUAUGCAGAGGCUUUGCAUAGAAAAGCACAAAUUUGAUUGAAAAGAGUUGAGAUUUAAUUUGGUUCAAACGCAACAGUGUUUUAUUUAUUAUGAAAACUUGUCCCUAUACACAUUGAUGAUGGUUCCAAACAUAAUAUUAAACUAUAAUUCACUGUUACACAACUUUUUCCAAAUCCAUUCUCACAUUUUGUAAUUCAUACAUACCUCCAGAAAGUUAGUACAUGUACACAGACAAGUGAUAAGAAUCAAAAGCUGUUUUUCAAGGUAUCGCACACCUACACUUUGACAAGUGCAUGUUUUAUUACAAAUAUUUCAGAUAUUUGAACGUCUACUGAUGCAUGUUUGAAUAAUUUCUCUGCUUCGGUUUAACAUAUAUUAGGAUUAAGGCUGUUUGACAGGGGAAAUUGUCUUCUAAUAUUAAUAGUUUAUCUACAUUGUUCUAAUAGACCUGUCGUUUAUAUACUUGAAGGUUAAAUAUGUAAGCAGUAGGUCUUGAACAGCUCAUUUGUUAUGGAUACGCCAAUAUCCACCAUCUCUACAACUGUACACUCAUCAUCCAUACUGUGUCAUGUAUGACUUUGUGGGAAGUUUUCUCCCGUUGGUACACAACUUAUUUCAACACCAAUUGGAAGAAGAAAUAUUUUGUGCUUUGUGUACUGUAUCAGUUUUAAUUUUCAACUUGACACAGUCAUGACGUUUGUAUUGAAUUUGGUUUGUCUGUCCACGCUUCCCUCGACUUGUUGGACACAGAGUACCAAAGGAGAUCUGUCUAUUAUAACAUUUAACCCAGGAUGCUGUGCGCUCAACGCACACUACAUGUGAUUAUGCAGUAUUCUCUCAUUAGCAAAGCACAUUCAGGAGCUGGAGUGCAGCUGUUUGGUCACAGCCAUGCUACAUGCAUGAUUCUGAUUUGUUAUGUAUUAUAUUUUCUCAGGUUCGUGUUGCAGAAAGAUGGCAUGGCAUGUUGGGUAUGGAGGACUAACAGGGACUGCCUCAUGUACUCCUGUAGUUUCCAUGUUUAAUUUAAUUUUCAUGCCAGUGUUUUGUGUAAAAAUGCUGAAAGUGUUUUUGGACAUACUGAAGGGAAACACAGGUUGAUUAAAAAAGAGGAGUGUGUGACUAAUUUUAUGUUGAUUCUGAAUUCUCUUGCAUUUUCGUUAACCCCAGUUCUUAAAUCACCUUGUGUCUAACUGAACAGAGCUUUAUUAGUGACUGACUAAAUUAGAGUAAUCUUCAUUGUAUGAGAGUGAAAAUCCAGUGAAUCUUUUGUUCUUUUGAUGCUGAAAUAAAGUGGAUUGACUUGG